CUAACCGGAAAUAUACAGAGAGGAAGAGGUGCAAGUUUGUCCAGUAGGGAACCUGAAAUAAGAUAAAACAGAACGACGUGGAGGUUGUUUAUAAAACCUUUAAACCCAGUGGGUCGGUGUGAAGUCUCACCAUGUCGGUACACUUUGAGGAGAGGAGCGGCGUCAUCCCCUGCAAGACCCCCUGGGGCUCCUGGUACCAGACCAUGGAGGAGGUCUACAUCGAAGUCACCGUGCCUCAGGGAACCUCUGCUAAGGAGGUGAAGUGCCAUUUAGGAACCAGAGACAUCGAGCUGCAUGUCAGAGGGAAUGAAAUAUUCAAGGGAACGUUGUUUGGCACCACUGUGUCUGAUGAGGCUACCUGGACGCUGGAGGAUAAAUGUCUCAUCCGUAUCGUUUUAAUGAAAACCAACAGAGAAGCUGGGAACUGCUGGCCCUCCCUGCUGGAGGGAGAGUACUGUGCAAAUGCCUGGGUCCAGGACCAGAUGCAGAGAAAACUCACUCUGGAGAGGUUUCAGCGAGAGAAUCCUGGAUUUGACUUCAGCGGUGCAGAAAUUUCGGGGAACUUUGCUGGCGGCGGUCCCGACUUUUCCAGCUUACAGCAGUGACGUUAGCGUUGAUGUGAAAACCUGGUCCACACCCAAGUGUUACUUCUGCCUGUUCACCACACACACAGGCACAGGUCUUCUGUUCUGAGAGCAGACAUCUUUAUAAACGGAAGGCUUGUCAGAGCUGCUCUUUUCUCUGGAUUCUCUGCCACAAGACUUUUUAAAAGCCUUGUUUGAAAAGUUAUAAAGUCCACAGCGAGAAAAUGGGAGAACUUUUCUUAGUAUUUGUUAAACACAAAACAGUUAUAGCUUUUCAAUAAAAUUUUAUUGAAAGGUACAGGUGCACAAGUUUGUCAGAUGGGGCUUUCCUUUGACCGUUUUGAACUCUAGAACACUAUUACUGUCACUAGCAAAAACGUCCCAGGCAGGGAAACUGGGAAAGAAAAUGCUGAACAAAUUCCAAGCUGCAUUCCCAUGACAAUGGCAACUUUUAGUGAACUAAAACUAAUUUCAAUCACAUGGUGUCCACAGAAUGUGGAUUCAGUGAAAACAACUUAGGUGUUGAACAUUUCAGUUCGAACAUAACGUUAGCCACGAGUGACCGCGUCACCACUCGUUCCACUUCAAUGGUCUAAACCAGGAGCGCUCCCUCACCUCAUCAAAAAAAAAAAAAAAAGAAAA